AUGAGCGACAACAAGGCCUCGCUGCCUAGGAGCACUUCCAUGGUUGGCGGCCUCCUGAGCUCGAUCAGCACUUUUUGGCGCAAGCCGUCCUCAGCAUCUCAUAGCCAAGCCGACAGUCGGCAGAGCGAAGAGCCCAUCGUCAUUUCAGAUCAUGAGGAUGAUGCAAACAUGGACAAGGACGACGAUGACGUCGACCUAGAAGCAGGUCGGGCAGAGGACACCGAUGAAGCGCCUGAGGACAAGCUAUAUCCCGAUCUACCUGAGCCAGUGCCAUCUCAUGCACAGCAAGCGACACCUCGAGCGAGGCCACUGUCACCACGACCGGCCAAUGCAUCAUCCCAACGCGCGAGUACCUCUAAGCAGAACGGCCACUCCUCCCCUUAUAGGCAGCCCUUCACACCCUCUCGGCCCUCUCGAUCGAGUGCCCUGCAUCUCCAAGCUGAGCUACCACGCGAAAAGCCCAGCACACUCUGGUCGCCCGACCGUGCAAUGUAUCAGUCCACUCCUGCGCAUGCCGGUCCAUCGCAGCGUAGACCUGCGCCCAAGACGCCUGCGGAGGUCUUGAGAACGUACAGAGAUACUUCUCUCUCCGAACAGACGAGCAGAGAAGAUAUACAGAUGUUCGACACAGCCAUCGCUGCCUUGUCGAACGGACGCGCAGAACAGGGCGAAUCGACCACUUCGAGCUUGUCCGGUCCCUCUUCACCGUCACGAGAUUUUAUGCCUCGUACUGGCUCGCUGCUUGAUGCUCUAGCAUCGACAGCAGCGCGAGCGCAGCCGUCUCAGUCCGGUCGACCGAAUCGAGCGUGGUCCAUGAAUGGUCAGGGCAGACUACCAGCACAUCGUCCUCUCGUCUACCGAGGUCCGGGCAAAUCGAUGAUGAAUACAUCACAGCUCCUUCGACCGUACCGCUCAAAAGGCAACAAGCUCUACGCCAAUCUCGACUCGUUCAGGUCCUUACCUGAUACUUACCUGGCCGAAGCCGAAGCGAGAGAGUCUGCGGAACCGGGCAACAAGCGGGCUGCACCUGUCUACAGUCGCCCAGAGCUCGAUCAUUAUACCGAUCUGAGUACUCCUGCAAAGCGACAGAGAAGAGAAUCACCCGAGCCCGCUCCGGCUUCGCCAGAACCGAUCGCAUCUCCCCAGCCGCAAAGAUUUAUGCCGUCUGUCCUGCCGCCAAAACAGAUGGCUCGUCUCAAGUCGCAAGCACGUCCAUCACCUCUCAGGAACUUAGCACUACAGGCAGCUACGCCUUCCCCGCCUGCAAAGAAGCCAGUGCAGAUAUCUCCUACACACGUCACUACGGCUGCGGCGCUCAUGCUCGAUAUUAUCAAAGACAAUGAGACUGCUGCAUCAAAGGAACGAUCCCAAGAUGACGUGGUCAAUCCAUAUGAAACCAGUACGGCAGCUUUGAGGGCAACGCGAGCUCGAGCAGAAAGGAGGAAGCCAAAGAUGAUGCGAAAGAGGUCGCCUGCUGUGCCGAAACCUCAGCUCACGAUCGAGGAGCAGCUCAGACUGUCCAUGCCACCCGAAUACCGAAAAGUGCUGGAGCCUGUCAAAGCCAAGCCGAACGGUCUACCUGUUCCUCAGAGCAAUACGACCAGCGAAGUACCAUCAGAUGCGCCGACGCCACGUGCCCCCGUCGCUGCCACGCCUGCGCUUAACGGCUCGACCACACCGAGUGCAUCUAGGAGUACGCCGGACGCGCCAAUAUUGACCAAGUCUGUUGCUGCGACAAGCACUCAGUCUGCGCCUACGGGCGCCUUCACGUUCAGCGCAGCAAAACCAGUAGCGACUGCAAUCCCUAGCUUCAACUUUGAUGUCGGCAAGAAGACGCCAGCUGCGCCCUUCGUCUUCUCGGCGCCCGCGGCUGCGAAGCCUGCCGUCGCUGCCGAACCGGCCGAGCCUGCCACGAUCAGCGAGUCAUUGAGCGCGCCCAAACCGACGAUCGAGCAAGCCCAAAAGCGUGCGCGAGGGACGAUGACACUCGUCGACUUUGCCAGUGACUUUGAUGGAGGUGACAGCUCAAUGGCUGCUCCUUUCGAUGCGACGACUGCCGAUGCUAAGCAGAGUCUCGAGCGAGCGGUAGCUACAGCAGUGAUCCACCAAGAUGAGGCAUUAUUUGCGUAG